AUGAAGAAUCCAUAUUUCUUACUAUUGAUAUUUCUAUUAUUCAAUGGUGGUAACGCUAAUGUAGGAACUGCAUAUGGAGGACAAGGUUUUACUGUCAACAUUAAGUCAGAUAUUCCUAACGAAGAUAUAACACUUCAUUGUCAGUCCAAGGACACAAAUCUUGGAUAUCAUGUUCUUAAUUCUGCCAAGCUUCAAUAUAGAUGGUCUUUUCACGAAAAUAUUUGGGGAUCCACUCUUUAUUUUUGUCAUUUCUGGAGAAAAAUGGAUGAACAAAAGUUUGAUGUUUUCAACUUGAAGAUGUCUAUUUGGUGUGAUCACGGUUUUGGUGAAGGAAAUACAUGUAAUUGGGAGAUUAAGAAUGAUGGAUUCUACUUCUUUGAUUUUCGCAGCCAAAAGUGGUAUAAACAAUAUGAAUGGAAACCAAGAGAAAAUAUAUCUAGAAAGAUUAUAAAGAACUAG